UGUCAGCUGCCAUUAUGGAUGACUCAAGUUUGGAUAGGAAAAUGUUUGGCAACACUUGUGAAUUCAUUGCCAUUUAGGAAGAGGAUAUCACCAAGGAGUAAGAAAAUCUGUUGAUGAUGAUAUAGAACAAGAUGAUACUGUCUGUAUCAAGACUGAAUAUGAAAGUACAGUGUCCAAAGGAGUUGAAAGUCUAGAAGAAUCAAUUGAAAAGGAUUCAGAAGAGGAUUUUGAUGGAGGGAAUGUGACUUCUUUAAAGACUGAAUAUGACUAUUCAGUAUCUGAAGAAGCUAAAAGUCUUGGAAAAGUGUCAAUUAGAAAUGACCCAAAAGAAACUUGGAAGCAUGCAGACGAAGAAAAUAUUAUCUAUAUAAAGACUGCAGAAAAGGUAGAAGUAAAACCUGAAAUUCCAUUGUAUGAAAAAUUCAAAAUUCAAGGAGAGAAAACAGUUGAAACUGACUCUAGCAUUUUGAUGUGUGAAGAUAUAGAUCCUUUGUCAUCAACAGUACCAUUUGUAGCUGAGACUUGUAAGAAUACAUACUCAUCAGAUGGUCAGGUGACACAUCAGAAAAGGGGAUAGAGAGAAAACACACCGAAAAGUGGAUGCAAAAGGGAAAGGUUAUGUUUGUGAUGUAUGUGGCAAAAAAAUCAACAAAAGAAGUAAAAUAAUAGAACAUAUGAGAGUGCACACAAAAGAGAAACCUUUUAGAUGUGAGGUUUGCACUAGAGCCUUCUCUCAGAAACUAAUCUCAUAGCACACAUGAGAGUACAUUCAGACGAGAAACCAUACAACUGUGAGAUAUGUAGUCGUGCAUUCUCUCUGAAGACCACUCUUGUUAAACACAUGAAAGUACAUACACAGGAGAAGCCUUAUGAUUGUCAGGUUUGUAGUAAAGCAUUUGCUCGUAAAUGUGAUCUAAAGCAACAUAUGAGAGUACACACAAAGGAGAAGCCUUAUGUUUGUGAAAUAUGUAGCAGGGGUUUUACUGUGCAUACUAAUCUAGUUUUCCACAUGAGAAUACAUACACAGGAGAAGCCAUAUACCUGUCCAGUUUGCAACAAGGGAUUCUCACGAAAAUAUUUUCAAGUAGACCACGUGAGAGUACAUACAAAAGAGAAGCCUUUUACCUGUAAGAUUUGUAAUAAGUCUUACACUUACAGACAUAAUUUAGUGAAGCAUACACACAUACAUACACAAGAUUAGCUUUA